GUCGCUGAAACGCAGCUCAGUAACGUCAUUCGCCACCGCAGGCCACAAUAACACGGAGCUGAUCCGGGCAGCAGCAGCAGCAGUAGGAGUAGGAGCAGGAAGAGGAGGAAGGUUUUCCUUUUAAAAAAGGAAAAAAAACACUUCUGUAUCAACGUGUUUACUUUGGAUAGGCGAGCAUGGACCAAAAGUGAGGUUUUAAGUAGCCGUGGGAAUAUUUUUAGAUCCAGAUCCGGGCCGUAAAGUGUGUUUGGAUAUGUGUGUUAGUGAACAGGAAUCUCUGAACUUAAUAAAGAUCAGGAUAGAGAGAUAGAGAGAGAGAUAAAGAGAGGGGGUUGCAGCUCCACACACCGUUCAGGUCGAAGGAAUAUGAUUCAGCGAUGAAAAGGCAUGGCUGUUUUGUGCUUCACUUCGACUGCAACUCCAGUCCAGGCACUAACUUCUAGAGAAGGCAGCUGAGGAAGCGAGCUCCCCGCUGGGCUGUAAUGAUGAGGAGACAAGUGAAGUGACAAGGAAGAGGAAGGAAAAGAUGGGAGCCAAUGUUUCCAGCUACCCACACUCGUGUUCUCCACGCUUUGGUGGAAACACACAGGCUCAGCAGACCUUCAUUGGCACAUCAUUAUACUCUCAGCAGAGUUACACAUGGGAGCCAAAGCUGUACAGUCUAGAGCAUGGCGGCCAUGACCGUGUUCCAGAGCGGAAGAAGAAGAGCUCUGGCCUGGCCACACUUAAGCGCCGCUUUAUCCGGCGUCGCAGGGCGAGUCGCUCAGCCGACCAUGCCCGGCAUAUGCGUGAAUUGCUCUCAGGUUGGCAUGUUUGUGAUGUCAAUGCUCUUGUGGAAGAGUAUGAGGGCACAACUGCCCUCAAAGAACUGAGCCUGGCUUCAAGUCUGGCCCGGCCUGAAGCUGCCACCCUGCGAUCCUGCAUGGCUACACUUUUUCAGCAUAAACACUGUGCUGAUGUGGACCUGCUCUUUCAGGAUGCCUGCUUCCCUGCCCAUCGUGCCAUCCUGGCUGCCCGCUGCCCUUUUUUCAAAAGCUUGCUGUCAUCCACAGGUUCAGCCAAUUUAAGCUACAAUGGACCAGAGGUGCUUCUUGAUGUGGGCACAGCAGGAAUGGAUGUCUUGUUGUUCUCUGCCCUGCUACAUUUCUUGUACACAGGUGAUCUAGGAGAUGCUAACAGAGAGGCGGAAACACGACUAAGGAACGUGGAUGUCCUCAGGCAGCUGAGUGAGGAGUUUGGCAUGCCUAACCCUCUGGAGGAAGACAUGAGGAUGCUGUUUCACUCCAUGUGCUACUACGACUCUGUACUCAGCUUCUGUUCUGAGCCUGAAAGUAUAGAAGCUUGUGAUGCUGUCGGCGGGAUUAGCGGUGGAGGGAUUGCUGGAGUUAGCAUUGUGAAAAGUGAUCAGUCAGCAUCCCCAGAAGAGGACCUAAGAGCCCAUAAGGCUGUGCUCUCGGCGCGAUCUCCUUUCUUCCGCAACCUUCUGCAGCGUCGUGUCCGGACUGGUGAAGAGCUAACCGAGAGAACGCUUCAAACACCUACACUCAUUGUCCUGGACGAGUCAAUCAUUCCAAGGAAAUAUGCCCGCGUUAUUCUGCACUGCAUGUACACCGAUGUCGUAGAUUUAGCCCUUGUGAUGCGUGGCAGUCCAUCAAUGGGCAGUCUGAGUGAGGCACAAUCUCUAGGGACAAGUAACACUGCUGGCAAGGGUGCUGUUCCCACACGUACAGAGGAAGCCAUGGAGCUCUAUCACAUUGCCCUAUUUCUGGAGUUCAGUAUGCUGGCACAAGGUUGUGAGGAUAUCAUUGUGGAAAGCAUCUCUCUGGAGUCGCUGAUUUCCAUUCUGAAGUGGAGUUCUCAGCCGUACGGCUCAAAAUGGGUCCAUAGACAGGCCAUGCAUUUUCUGUGUGAGGAGUUCAGUCAGGUCAUGACCUCUGAUGUGUUCUAUGAGCUUACCAAGGAUCAACUGCUUACAGCCAUUCAGUCAGACUACCUGCAGGCGAGCGAGCAGGACAUUUUGAAGUAUGUGAUUAAGUGGGGCGAGCACCAGCUCAUUAGGAGGAUGGCUGACCGGGAGCCCAAUCUACUGAGCGGUACUGCUCACAGUGUGAAUAAGCGUGGAGUGAAGAGAAGAGAUCUGGAUAUAGAAGAACUGAAGGAGAUUUUGUCUCUUCUGCUGCCUUACAUCCGCAUGGAGCACAUUCUCCCAGCCAACAGUGACGUCCUCACUGAUGCAAUGAAGCGUGGCUUGAUCAGCACUCCUCCGUCAGACAUGCUGCCCACAGCAGAGGGAGGCAAAGCGAACGCCUGGCUUAGGCAGAAGAACACGGGCAUUUAUGUGCGUCCACGUCUCUUUUCUCCCUACGUAGAAGAGGCAAAGUCAGUCCUUGAGGAGAUGAUGGUGGAACAGACGGAUCUGGUACGACUGAGAAUGGUGCGCAUGUCCAACGUGCCAGACACACUGUACAUGGUCAAUAAUGCUGUGCCCCAGUGCUGUCACAUAAUAAACCACCAGCAAAUCACUGGCAACCAAACCACUGCUCCGUCUGUUGUGGCCAAUGAUAUACCAGUGCCCAGCUUGGCAGUGGUUAGAGAGAUGAUUUCCAGGCUACAAGAGCUCAGACACACAGAUCAGGUCCAGAGAGCCUAUGCUCUGAACUGUGGGGAGGGAGCUACAGUGAGCUAUGAGCUACAGCUUCGUGUUCUCAGAGAGUUUGGACUGCCAGAUGGAGCCACAGAGUUGCUGCAGAACCCACACAAGUUCUUUCCGGAGGAGCGUUUCGGAGAUGAGAGUCCUCUUCUUAGUCUGCGAGUCGGCCGUUGCAGAGUGAAUAGCUCCCCUGCUAUGGACACUAUGUUUACAGAACUGGAGAGCCUUGGGAGCCUAAACCCCCCUCUUCCUCCUCCACCUCCUCCAUAUCAUGCCAUGUCUGCCCAGGCCCAACACAGAGUAGCUUGGGGCUCCAGGGUGGCACUGCCAGCCCCUCCUCGCUCCUUCUCGUACCCCUGUAACCACACACUACUUCAGCAGAGAGGAUCCUCCAUGCCCAAAUCUGGCAACCUGGCAUAUCAAGCUCCUGACUACAGCAUGGCUGAGAGCAUAGGGAAAGCACUUAACACAGAGUCCUGUGGGGGUCUGAAACCUCUGAUUAGUGAUUACAUGCCAGACAUUGCCCUUGGAGUGUCCACUAUGACUCUGUCUGAGCACAGCAAAGCUCAGGACACCACUCUUCAUACUCAUCCCAACAUGGUCUCUACUAUUCCACACUACCCACCUGGACCGUGUCCGAACGGGCGAUACUCUCUCACUCGAAUCUCCCACAAGGGACAUGUCCCCAAACAAAAAGCAGAGCCUUCGUCUGAAUAUCCAGACCUUUAUGACUUGCCCUGUCAAGAUUCUCUUGCAUCUAGCCGUCCUCCUCAAGCCACCUACACUGGUCCAGACGUGUAUGGACCAAGCAGAGGGCCAUGCAAUAACAUCACCCUGUCAUGUCUCCCUGACACUCUGUCAGUUCAUACCCAGGCAAGGCAAGGACAGCCAUCUGACUCUCUUCAUUUGGAUGUCUUAGGCCAAAGGUUGGAUUUGGACCAUACCUCCUCUGGAGUAUCCUCAGUAGGGGGAGGAUAUGUGCCCAGUGGGCGCUCAUUAAAUGACUCGGACCUGACAUGCGGUCUUGGACCUUUAAACGGAGGUACAGAGUUGUACAAGGAGCACAGCUUAGUUCCAGAUGGGACCACGGACAUGAGGGAGGCCUGUGGAGGAGCUGGUCACCACAGGAACGGUAGUGAAGAAGCAGGAAUAAGCCGAGAUCGCAGGUCACCUAAUAAGCCAGAGUACCAGUAUAAGAAAUCUGCACUUUAAUAGCAGAUACUGAUAGGACAUUGAACUUGGGCAAAGACUGUUACAAACAAGUGCUGAAUUUCAGUGUAAUCUUACAGGUAGCUAUAUUUCACUUCCAUCACUUCCAGCUUGUUAGAAGGACUAAAGGGAUCUGUCCUUUCAGGAAGUUGUGAAGUUUUUAGCAGGAUUUUCUCAAGACUGUUCACUAAGGGUUCGCAUGUGUGUAUGUAGUAAUGCAGAGGGUUUUGUGUCUCUUUUCAUUUUAAUGGAUUCUCCUUGAUACCAAAAUGAAUUCAGCAGAGUCUGUGACUGACAUUAACUGAUGAAGGUAACAUCAAUAAAAUAUGCCUCCCAUUAAAAAUGGGACUCAAAAUCAGCUCCUAGAUGAAAGUAAAACAAAUAAAAAGAAAAAAACACAGUGCCAGUCAAAAAUGUGGACCCCCUGCUCACAGCGUUUUUUCAUCUUUUUUGUUUUAUUGAAUUAUAAUUAUGACAUCAGCCCUAUGUAAUACCAAACUGAUUAUUUAUAUCGAGUAAAGCAAAUCAAAACUA